AUGAUCUUCCUCCCCACCCACCGCCGUGCCAUGAUGUCUGCCCUCUCGCGACGACCCGCCGACUACAACAUCCGCCGAUUGCCACGUCCGUCCAAGCCGCUGAGACAGACACCCCCUGCGAAAGCUCCGUCGACGAACUCGCUCUCCCCCGAUGCGGCGUCGCCGCAAGUAGCAGCGCGCCCGCCGCUCGCUCCGAAGAACGAGGGGCGCAAGCCCACCAUCACACCGACCAAAGCUGUCAUCACAGUCACACCCGGCGCUGUGCGGCGGCUCCGCGUACUGCUCAAGGGGCCCACGCCCCAGCUCAUACGGAUAGGCGUGCGGAACAAGGGCUGCGCAGGGCUCUCGUACCACCUCGAAUACGUCGACAAGCCGGGCAAGUUCGACGAGGUGGUCGAGCAGGACGGCGUGAAGGUCCUCAUCGACAGCAAGGCGCUCUUCUCCCUCAUCGGCAGCGAGAUGGACUGGCAUGAGGACGCGCUCAGCGCGAAGUUCGUGUUCAAGAACCCGAACAACAAGGUGCGGAGAGUUGUUCAGCGUCGGCUCGUGAGCCCCGCGUGCUGA